CCAUCCAUACAAGACCCAAAAAGCAGAAAGCCUCUCUUCUUUUUGGGUGCUUUCUGUUCUGCUACUCUUCUCCUUUGUGUUGUUUUUUUUAAUUUUUAAAUACACUAAGUUUCUUAUAAGAGAGAAAGAGAUGGCACUGGAGGCUGCAGUCUUUCAACAAGACUGGUUUGGCCACAGCAGCAAAGAGCUCUACAACUUGCUUGGUGGGAAUUGGAGCUAUGACUUUGGCCUAGAGCAAAAUGAAGAAGAUCAAGACAACAGCUGCUCUUCUUAUUUUCUCGAGAACCAAACAGAAACAUUUCUUCAUGACGAUUGGAACUCUUUCCAACCACCUAAUUCCAUGGUGCCUCACUUGAAUGAUUUGCACCUAACAUGUAGCAACAAUAUUCCAUCCUCAUCAGAUGCAAGCAUUGAUGCAGCAAAUGGACUAUUGAGUACUGCUCCUCCAACUAGUGAUCAUCAUCACCACUUAGGUGAUUCAUCAACAAUGCCUGCUACUCGUGUUAAGAGAAGGAGAUCGAGGAGUAAGAAGAACAAAGAAGAGAUUGAGAAUCAAAGAAUGACUCACAUUGCUGUAGAGAGAAACAGAAGAAAGCAAAUGAACGAGUAUCUUUCAGUUCUGAGAGCUUUAAUGCCUGAGUCUUACGUUCAAAGGGGUGAUCAAGCAUCAAUUAUCGGAGGUGCUAUUAAUUUUGUCAAGGAGCUUGAACAAAAGAUGCAAGUACUUGGUGCCUGCAAAAAAAUGAAGGAAAACUCUGAUGGUGAUAAUCAGCAACAUGUUUCUUCACUGCCUUUCUCCGAGUUCUUUACAUUUCCACAGUACUCAACAAGCUCAAUUCAUUUCGAAAACUCUGUUGGCAAGAAUGAAAAGUUGCAUAAGACUCAAUCUACUAUAGCUGACAUAGAAGUGACCAUGGUAGAGAGUCAUGCCAACCUCAAAAUAAGAUCGAAAAGGCGGCCGAAACAGCUCUUGAAGGUUGUUUCUGGGCUGCAUAGCAUGCGCCUCACUGUUCUUCACCUAAACGUCACAACGGUUGAUCAAAUUGUGCUUUAUUCUCUAAGUGUCAAGGUAGAAGAUGAUUGUAAGCUGACUUCAGUGGAUGAGAUUGCUACAGCAGUGUAUCAGAUGCUAGCAAGUCAGAAGAGGCACACUCUGAGAAUCAAGAUUUUGAACUCAGAAAAGCUUAAAGGUGAUGUAUCAGAACCUCAUGAACGUGAAACUCAACAGAAGGCUGCCAUGAUGAGCAGCCUUAAGAAGAACUAAGCUCUCUCUACAUCUCUGGAUUUCUUUUAACUCAGCCUGCACAUUGAAAGAUAUACAUGUAACCCGAAUUUAAUCCACUUCACCCAAUUUGAUCAUUUUAGCGUCCAAAGACAUGAUCGAAUCUUGUGUAGGACUAGAUUAGGGUGUUGAUGAACUUAUGCUUGUGGUUUGUGGGAUCAAAUCAAAAUCAUUUGUGCAUUGAGAUUGUAAUUUUAGCCCCAUCAAAUUGUACGGUGUUCACGGCCGAAUCCCUAGGCAAAAAGUUGAUAUGGUGGUAGGGUUGAGUGUCUUUUGAGAGAGAGAUUUAAAGAGAAUAAAGUUUAUGACAAUGAAUUGAUAAAA